CAAAAGUGUUUCAUUCAAGUUAUCAAAGCUUUCAUCUCAGAUAAUCUGCGUACGGAAAAUUCGUCAAUCUUCCCGGUUUCUCCAAAUCUGCAAGAGAGACACACAAAAAUGGUCGAGCGUGGUAAUAAUAAACGAACUCAUAACCGUAACACCAGAGACGACAACAACAAUAGGAACCAAAAGAGAAGACUUUCACUCCAAACCGAAGAAAAACUCAACAGCAAAGACGAUCUCGUCGUCUACAGAAUCCUCUGCCCUAGUGGGGUCAUCGGAAGCGUGAUAGGCAAGAGUGGCAAAGUCAUCAACAUGAUCAGACAAGAGACCAGAGCCAGAAUCAAAGUCGUUGACCCUUUUCCAGGCUGUACCGAAAGAGUCUUAACGAUCUAUUGCACGGUCGUUGACAAGAAAGACAUUGCUGAGAUAGAGAACAGUGACCAGAUCACCCCUUUGUGUUCUGCUCAAGACGCUCUGCUUAAACUCUAUGAAGCUAUUGUUGCUUCUUUAGCUGCUGCUUCUGAGAACACUAAGAUAGGGAGAGAUGAUAUUAGAGAGUGUCGGCUUUUGGUUCCGAGUAGUCAGUGUUCUAAUGUGAUUGGUAAAGCUGGUUCUACGGUUAAGAAGGUUAGGAGUAGAACUGGUGCUAAUGUUAAGAUUGUGUCGAAAGAUGUAUCUGAUCCUUCGCAUGCUUGUGCUAUGGAUUUUGACAACAUUGUUUCGAUAUCUGGAGAGGCUGAGUCUGUAAAGAAAGCACUGUUUGCUGUUUCUGCAAUCAUGUACAAGUUCAGUCCUAAAGAACAGAUUCCUCUGGAUGCAACUGUUCAAGAAGCUCCCGCUAGUAUUAUAAUCCCUUCAGAUCUUUCUAUCUAUCCACAAACCGGUUUAUACCCGAAUCAGGAUCCUAUCUUCCAGCAUGGAGCCAAUGUUCCAUCCUUUAUAGGGACAUUACCACAGGGCUAUGGAGAAACCGCAACGCCGGUUUUCUCUUCUUCUGCUCUUCAUCAUGGUACUUUUGGUGGUUCUUCGAGGCAAGAAGAGUUGGUUGUGAAAGUUCUCUGCUCUUCUUCUAACAUCGGUCGUGUAAUUGGGAAAGGAGGUUCGACUAUUAAGGGGAUAAGACAAGCAAGCGGGUCUCAUAUUGAGAUUAAUGACUCAAGGGCAAGAGUGAAUCAUGAUGAAGAUUGUGUUAUCAUUGUCACUUCUAAAGAGUCUCCUGAUGAUUUGAAGUCUAUGGCUGUUGAAGCUGUGCUUUUGCUUCAGGAGAAGAUUAACGAUGAUGACGAGGAGAAGCCUAAGAUGCAGCUCCUUGUGCCUUCUAAGGUGAUUGGAUGUAUUAUAGGGAAGAGUGGCUCGAUUAUAAGCGAGAUAAGGAAGAAGACUAACGCUAAUAUUCAUAUCUCGAAAGAGAAUAAUAAGUGUGCUGAUCCAAAUGAUGAGCUCGUUGAGAUCUCUGGUGAAGCAAGCAAUGUGAGGGAUGCUCUUAUUCAGAUUGUUUUGAGGCUUCGAGAUGAUGUUCUAAGAGAUAGAGAGACGACUGGUUCAAGGAACCAACCUCCUCCAGCAAGAUCUGAGAAGAGUAGUUUCUUCUCUUCCGGGAGAAGUAAUGCUGCUGCUCUUGCACUAACUCCAUCUUUCAUGUCUUCUGUUCCGCAAGUUGCUUCUGUAGAUUUUGAUAGGAGACCACCAGAGUCAAGCAUACUUUCUUCGAGUGGUGGACUCUAUGGUUAUGGAAGUUUCCCGGUGGGGAAUAACAGUUAUGGAUCCAACUCUUCAUACUCUUCCACUAGAUAUGGAGGGUUGUCUCAGUCUACUACAAUGGAGAUUCGAAUCCCUUCAAAUGCAGUGAGUAAAGUAAUGGGCAAAGGAGGAGGCAACUUGGACAACAUACGAAGGAUAUCAGGAGCAAUGAUAGAAAUUUCUGAUUCAAAAACUUCUCAUGGUGAUCGCAUUGCUCUCAUUUCCGGAACAUCUGAACAGAAGCGUACUGCAGAGAACUUGUUCCAAGCUUUUAUCAUGUCCACUUGAAUAGUUUCCCUCUGCCCCUCCCCCAAAAUAAGGUGUCUUCCUGUCUUUCUAGCUCUCACUCCUUCCAUCAGGCUCAUUUGGAUGGAUAUGUAUUCUGUCACCAAAAACUUCCGAUCCAUCUGGUAGCUAUUUGGUUUCUCAUGCUAUAGACAUUUUAUAGUCUUUUCAGGACCAUUCUUUCUCCCUUCCCUUGCGAGCUGUUUGCUCAAUAAAUGAUUAUUAUUAUCUCUGUGCAAUAAAAAGACAAAUCGUUGUUAGUUCAAUCAAGCUUUGCUUAUUCUCUCUGCUUUGUGCUUUAGUCCAAAGCAGUCCUAUCAGUUAUGUGUUAGUUUUUCUGUCUCUACAAAUCCCAUGUCUCUCAGCUUCUUCAUAUGUGAUGCCAAGUCACAUCUCAUCAAAUCAUGUUCUUCUCCAGAAAUUUCUGCAGUGAACAGCCAUAGCUUAUAUGCCUAGUGAACAUCAAUAACAAUAGCUUUUUAGGUAUUUUCUCCUUAAAUGACCGGGAUAUUGCAGUCUGAUAGUUUGGAAUGUAAUGGUUCUCUCAGUCUUAUUUGGUCUAACUCCAGUUCAUUGAUUGAUCUACAAUCACUCUUUUUCCUGAAACAUAUUCCGUUAACUGCUGAGGUAUCCUAUCUCCAUAACUUGAUCAUCAUCCGAUAGUGUGCUUGUAGUAUACUAGGUUAUGACUUAUGAGUAGAGGAUCUUAGCAUUUUAGAACACGCAACAUCUUAACUGAUUUUAGGAAUCAAUGUCUUGAGUUUUCUGAUUGUGUUGAGUUUUCUGCUUUAGCCUUUGCGGUGGCAUUUAUCCAGACAACCCUGGGGUUCAACGUAGUAACUAAAUGUUGCUAGAAACCGGCAACAAUCUUUUUAUUUCUUCUGCUUUUAGCUUUUUGUGGUCUGAUGGUUUUCGAAUAAAAGCCUUUAGAACGUGCCUAAGCAUCCCUUUGUAUCUAUCUCUACUUACCCGCUUAAUCCCAACAGUCUUUCAUCAAUGUCUUAAAGCAUCUUUAUUCUAUCAAUCAAAAGUUCAUUGAGGAUAUAUUCUUAGAAACAGAUAGAGUAUGUUGAUCCAUUUGGAAGGUUUUGCAAAAAAAAAAAACGUAUACGGUCAUUGUAGUAGUUGUAGAUUACGUUACGCAGCUGUAAAGUGCUUUUCAAUUUUAUUUUAUUUUGUAAUAUAAUGUGAUUUACU